UUAGCACUUCAGUGCUAACGAACGAACGAAACAAAAUGCGUUUCUUAUCUCUUAUCACCUUGCUUUGCCUAGCGGCUGCCGCGAGCGCGCAGAGCCACGACUUGGUUCUUGGCCAGGCUACAUACGGUGACGUCAUCAUUUUUAAACAAAAUGAAUACAAAUAUGGAUUCCCCUUCAUGGUAAGAACUAGUAUCAUCGAGUACCCAGAACCAGGGCACAAUAACUUCGCCUACAUCAAAGCGAUUUACAUCAAGGACAAUGAAAGAGACGGUACUGGUGGCUACCCGACCAUUUCAGCGGGAGGUAUUGGACAACGCUUCGCGAAAAUCAAGUUGAAGAGCCAGAGAGGCAACGGAUUUAACUUUACAGUGACGAUCUAUGGAAGAUACUAGGCAGUCAUGUGACCCUGGUACUAGUGAAAGUAUUUUGUGCCAUUAGAGAAAUUAGGUUUUUAAUUUAAUUUAUUUGUUGUUAAAUUAUCAUCGUGUAUAAGUAUUAAAAAGUGAGAUUUGUA